AUGGUAAAGAAGUGGAAAAACAUUAACCACGAAAGUAAAAGUUGGUUAUAUUUCACAAACGUAAUAGGUCUCGUUCUUAAUGGGUCUGGUGUCCUCCAUCCCCAUGGUGAAGCUUGGUGGUCCUUUGUAGAGCACUCCCACCGACCACAUACAGUGGGAUUAAAUGGAAGCUGUAACAUUAUAUAUAAUGGACUAACUCAAAUGAACAGUCAAAAGAAUCACAUUUCAAUAAUAAAUUGCACUAAUGCAACUAUAUCAAAUCUUCAUCUGAUCGCACCUAAAGAUAGUCCAAACACUGAUGGCAUCGACAUCGUUCAUUCAAACAAUAUCCAGAUUUUCUACUCAUCUAUCCAAACAUGUGGUGAUUGUGUUGCCAUUAAUGGUGGUUCGUAUGAUAUCAACAUAACGCAUGUGGCAUGUGGUCCAGGUCAGGGCAUCAGUAUUGGAAGUUUGGGGAGAGGUGGGGAAAAUGAUACCGACGAGAAUGUGAAAGUAAGACAUUGUAGCUUCAAUGCAACUCAUAACGGGCAAGAAUCCAGACUUGGGCUGGAGGACAUGAGUUCGCCAAAAAAUAUCCUAUACGAGAAUAUAACGUUAAUAAAUGCCAAAUACCCUAUCAUCAUUGAUCAACAUUACUGUAAUUGUUAUCACUAUUGUACAGAAGAGGCGACUGUUGUAAAAGUGCGCAAUGUGACAUUUAAAUACUUCUAAGGGACAUGUGCUGAUGAUAUUACCAUAAAACUAGAUUGUGACAAAGUAGUGGGUUGUGAUGAUAUUGUGAUGGAACACAUCAACAUCACUUCUUCAUCUACGAAGAAACCCCUAACCACGUAUUGUCAAUUUGCUGAUGUGAUUAGUUACAUUGUUUCCGUUGAUAUUAAAUGUGGUUUUGAUGAAGAAACUUUGGCACCAUGUAAACCUCCAACUCUGGCUAAACCUCCUGCACUCUAUGCUAAGCCUCUGCCAUCGAAUGCUCAACCUCCAAUGCUAUCUCCUUUUCCAUAUAUACCUUAUUAA